CGGAGCUCCUUCGGCAAGCUGGAUCGGGACGCUUCGAUUUCCGCCGCCAGUGCAUGUGUGGUCGUGGUUUUACUGCCGUCCAGUUGACUAUGGUAGAGAAAAACCAUCUCUGUGUUGGUCUAUAACCCUCUCUAGCAAGACGCAAUGUUUCUUCCUAGCUAGUCUGAUCAGCUAUGGACACGAUAAUGGUGCAGCACAGUCUUCAAUCUGCUUGAAGAAGAUUACGAGAGGACGAAGAGUUUUUCCUGUCUACAGUACAUUCAGUAUGGUUAAUCGUAGUUAGAUUGGCCGAUUCGAGGCAAAUGGUGGUGUGAUCAAGACGAUUUCCCCAUCCAUAGUAGUAUUCUAUUUUCUUUUGAUGUAGUGGUAAAGGGUCUACGCAUAGCUUUCCUCUCCAUUCUUUUGCGGUGGUAGGAAGUAUCUAUUUUCUGGAUGUUCAUAUAGUGGAGGUAUUUGCACCGGAGAUACACAUUGGCUCUUCUUUCUUUUGGUGAUCAACGCUGGAAACUAAGUAAUGGCGACACAACAUAUCACGGAGGAGGAGAUUGAGGACGUGAUGUCCUUGGAGGAGGUCAAACAAUGCCUGGGUGUGGAUGGAGACUGUGCUGAGUAUGAUGAAAGAUUUAUUAUGUCAGCAGGAAAGCGCAAGCUGGGACUCCUGGACUACCACAGGCUGCCUGCGUGGCUUCAGGACAAUAACUAUAUUCUGACCAGAUAUCGUCCACAACUGAACUCGUUCAAACUAUGCUUCAGAAGUAUAUUUUCACUUCACACAGAAACGGGUAACAUCUGGACACAUCUCAUUGGUUGGCUGGGAUUCUGUUGCUUCGUGGCGUACGCAUAUGCACUGCCUCUACAUCAUCUGACAUGGUACGACCACGGUAUGUUUGCUGUGUUUCUGCUGGGGGCAUUCUUUUGUCUGCUCUUUUCCUGGGUCUUUCAUUGUCUCCAAUGCCACUCGCCCAAAGUGUUUCGAAUCUGCAUAAACUUUGAUUAUUGCGGAGUUGCGAUGCUGAUCAUGUCAUCCAUCAUAGCCUGGAUCUACUAUGCAUUUUACUGUAAGCGUACAUUACGUAUAGUUUACACCAGCAUCAUGGUCCUCUUUGGUGUCCUCUGCAUUGCCGUGUCGCUAAUCAAGAAGUUUUCCUCGUCAGCCUAUCGUCCAGUCAGGUCCGUGGUGUUCCUUGGUCUCGGUACCUAUGGCAUUGUACCAAUGAUUCAUGCCAUGGUGGUGUAUGGUGGCCUGGUUGAAAGUAGUGGAUUCAACUCCGCAGCCACCGGACCCAUGCUUGUAAUAGGGUUUGUGUAUGUGCUUGGCCUGACGCUGUACGCUUUUCGCAUCCCGGAGCGAUUUUGGCCAGGGAAGUUUGACAUCUGGUGCCACAGCCAUCAGAUUUUCCAUGUGUGUGUUGUCAUCGGCGUGUUCUUGCAGUCAUCUGACAUUUUGCACAUGGCAAAUGCUCAUGCACAUAAAACCUGCUCCUAAACUGUUGCCCCCCGCAGCUGAUUGAUGUGUAGAUUGUGUACAGCCGCUGCUGCAUGCAGUAUGUAAGUCUUCCUGCUUAUUUGUUCGAUAUGCUGGCAGCAUGCAUGUCACUUGUUUGUGUCUCAUGUGCAACUGCUGCCUUCUAUGCUUGUUUGCUGUGAAUAGUGUCUCGAUGGAUCGAUCUAUCAGCAUUACUCUUAUGUUGUUCAAACAACGCAUGCUGCUGACAUACUUUAUGCUCUUUCUACUCUUCUUUACCUUGGAAUCUUUACUCAGCAACCUUUCCUUCCCUCACCAUCACUCAAAUGCAACAAUUUGGACAAAAGAAUGUGAUGAUUACACUUUGAACCGAGAUGAGUAUAGUGCUGGAGUCCUGUAUUAUAUUUUCACAAUUAUUUUACUUGUAGUAUAGUACACAUUUAGAAAACAAUUAUAGAGUUCAUAAUCUAUGCUCCUCCAGUGUAACUGUUCAUUGUGACAGCUUCUACUGUUGUGUCUGUUCAAGCUGUACUGACAUUGUUGAAGCUGAUGUGAAUCUAAACUGUACAGCUCAGAAGAAAACAACUCUUCGCCGCCUAUAAAUUAUGCAAUACCAUUCUCGUCCUUAUCUUUCACUGUACAUAACUAACACAUGUACUUCACUCGCUUCAGCACAGCGCAUUGCCCUCUUUGCUGAUCCUGUACUUUUGCUGAAUCUUCCGUGCUUAUUGCCUCCGGCAAGACUGUUGUGUAUGUAUAAUGUCACUAUACAGUUUA